AUAGGGCGCAACAGCAUCUCAUGAACGCACCAUCCCAUUGACGACCACAUAGGACUGUUGCGUUGCAUAGACUGAAAAAUACUCACUCAUUCAAUCAUUCCAGCCUUUUUAGCUGAACCGGCUGGUCACUCCCAUGUAGGCCUAUGUAAACAGAUUUGUCGCAAGUGAAAAAAUAUUUUUCAGAUCUUUCUUCCCUCCUCCCUCUCUCAGCAUCAAGCGCAGCCCGCACGGAGGGCUCUGGCUGCUGCGACUUUCUCUCAGCCUCUUUGGUGCAAAUGCGAUGAGGAGAAGGGGACUUUCGUCCACUGAUAAGAAGACGUCUUAGAUGCUAUGGCAGUUUCUUUCUUGAAAUAAAAAACUGAUUUGCGGAAUUGUCAUAUCAAUCAAUCGAAUGAAAGCAGAGCCAGGCCCAUCUGUGCAAUGGUCCCCAUACGCCUGUGUCUCUUGCUCUCAGUGACGUUGCUGGCCGUGGUGGUGGCUGUGGAAGCCCAUGAGGCCACAGGAGGAGAUGAUGAGUAUACCUGGCCACAGUGGAAGGUGCCACUGGUGAGGAACAGGAGGACGGUGGCCCUUAGCAGCCCCGGCUUCACAGCCAAACCUCAGGGAGAGCUGAAUGGAACCUGUGGGAUUGAGUGCCAGCGUCGCCUCCCCGAACCCUCUCUGGCUGACCUGGAGGAGUUCCUGUCCUAUGAGACGGUGUACGAGAACGGAACGCGCACCCUGACCUCUGUGUCUGUGCAGGGCCUCAACGAGGUCAACACUUGGCCUGCUGGGAACUCCUCCUCUUCCUCCAAGUCACGCCGCAGACGGGAGGUCUACGGCACAGACACCCGCUUCAGCAUCGCUGACAAGCAGUUCUCCACUAAGUACCCCUUCUCCACCUCCGUCAAGAUCUCCACGGGCUGCUCUGGUGUCCUGUUAUCCCCCAAACAUGUCCUAACGGCCGCCCACUGCAUCCACGACGGACAGGACUACGUGAGCGGAGCGCAGAAGCUACGCGUGGGCGUCCUCAAGGAGAAAUCCCGGCGUGGGAAAGGAGGGAAGGGGAAGAGAGGACAGGGUAAAGGCAAGAGGAGGAAAGAAGAAGACAAGGAAGAAAAAGAGAAAGAAGAGAAAGAUGGAGGGAAUGAGAGGAAAGGAAGGAAAGGGAAAGACAGAAAGAGCCGCAGUCGUCGCAGCGUAGAGGUCGAGAAGCCAUCCUUCCGGUGGACCAGAGUGAAGCAGACCCAGGUCCCUAAAGGCUGGUUCAAAGGCGGGGCAUCGGACGGUGUGGCGGCUGACUACGACUAUGCCGUGCUGGAGCUGAAGAAGGCCCAGAAGGUCAAGCACAUGGACCUGGGCGUCAUCCCUUCGGUCAAGAAGCUGCCCGCCGGCAGAAUCCACUUCUCAGGCUUUGACGACGACCGGCCCGGCAACUUGGUGUAUCGCUUCUGCUCGGUGUCGGAGGAGUCCAAAGACCUGCUGUAUCAGUACUGUGAUGCCAAGCCCGGCUCCAGCGGCUCCGGGGUCUACAUCCGCCUCAAAGAGCCCGGCAAGAAGAAAUGGAAGAGGAAGAUCAUCGGGGUGUUCUCGGGCCACCAGUGGGUGGAUGUCAACGGCAAUGGGGCGCAGCAGGAUUACAAUGUGGCGGUGAGGAUUACGCCCCUCAAGUAUGCCCAGAUCUGUUACUGGGUCCAUGGGGACUCCAGCGAGUGCCGGGACGCCUGAGGGACACACAACAUGCCACAACACCCCUCCACCCUCCAUCACCAACGAACCAGGGACCUGCCCGACUGCCUCUCCUCUGUCUUCUUCUAUAUUACCUCCUGUGCUUCCCACUGGCAACUGGCACAGAUUGCCUCAUCACAGCAUUCAUCACACACAAGCGGCCAUACAGACUCACUGUUGUUGAUUACAGGAACUCGUCAACAGAUCAAAGAGAACUAUGGCUGUUCUGCCUUGUCUAAUUUAUUUAAUUAUUAAAAAGCAAAAUUUCUAGAAAUGUAUGAAUAUCAUGAUUAUAUAUUGACAGGUCCUACUAGGUCUGUGUUUAUGCUAAUGGGAAUAUUUUGACAGAUUUUUAGGUUUGACCAAUUUCGAUAAAAUGUUGUAUAUUCAGCUGUUUCAGGGGAGCGAUGCUUGUUAUUUCAUAUAUUCCAGGCAGGUUAAUGAACGCGGAGACGUUAACAUUUUCAAAUGUGUUGCCUUUUCUACCAAAAGGAACAAGAACGUUUGCAUUGGCUUUGGUGAACGACCCAGAAAAAAGCUACAUUUUUUCGGAGAAAUUAACAUUUGAGUAUAUUAAAGAGGUUAUAACUGUCUUUUUUCCUAAAUAUUUUCUAAAUCAACAUACUGGUGUUUAAAAGAGUGUAUAUCUAGCUCUUUGAGUUUUCUGUACUGUCCCUUUUUGUAAAACUACCUUUUCUUAUAUGAGUAUGUUUCUAUGACUAAAUAGUGAAAGGUUCCAGAGGGAUCCUGGAUAAAACAUGAUUGUUUUCAGUCCUACCGUUCGUUCUUUUUUUACUCUAGCAGUGCAUUCAAAUGUGGUUUCAUUGCCAUGCACAUAAAAAUGAUGGUGCUUAUUCAGAGACUUGGUGCUAAUUUAAUUCAUAUGAAAUUGUACACUUUGGGGAGACCUAUCGGAAUAUAUUUUUGAUAGCCUAGUACUGUAACUAUGUAUUUAAUAUGAGGCUACACAGUGGGUUUGAUGUAACAGAGCUUUCAGAUUAAAAACAUUAUUUCAAUAUUCCCAUUAGAUUCAUGUAAUUUGAAGGGUAGUGGUGAUGCCAUAACGUUAUUUGAUGAAAACAAUCAUCAUUCUAAAGGGUUCAUGUUGAUGAAUCUUGUUUAUUAUGUGCCACAAUUUAUACGAGUUUGCCAUUGAUGACAAAAUACAUUUAAAUGAAUAACAUUUCACCAUGAUUGAAAAAACAACAAUUAAACCAAGAUUACAACCUGUAUGUGUGUUUACUUUACCGUGAGGAGAAGUGAUGUAUGUAUGUAUGUAUGUAUGUAUGUAUGUAUGUAUGUAUGUAUGUAUGUAUGUAUGUAUGUAUGUAUGUAUGUAUGUAUGUAUGUAUCUAUGACACAUCUAUGCCUGUAGCCAGGGUCAUGAUCAUUAGGCACCAAAUGGAAAAAAACAGACUGAAACAUGGAGGGACUACUUGGACCUGUCCAAUAAGAAACAGUCAUUUACAUUUUAAAAUGUUUUCAGUAGUGCGCCCUAAUGAACACAACCCAAGUUAGGCCUAUUGAUGUCAUUACAAUUAGUGCACCAGAUUAAAAAUGCAAUGCGUCCAUGAUCUGGUCUAUCAACAUGAGAAAAGGAUUGGCGAUCAUUAAUGGGCGAUUCUUUCCAUCAUUGAGUUUAUUGCAUCUCAAAGGGCUUACAUGCACUGGGGAGGGGCAUAGUAAAUAAUAAUAAUAAUAAUAAGAUAUUUAAAAAAAAAUGUAACUCAAUAAUGAAAAAAAGCAUGUUUUCCCAUUUUUCAAUCCAUAUUUUUUCCCACAACAAUUGUCGAAACAGUCUUGCAAUGACAAAACAAAUGAUCUGUUAUAUCUGGGGCUGUACAGCACAGGACUGGUUUCACUGGUUCUAAACAGCUGCCUAGAUAUACAUGGAAGCCACACUGUUCAACAGUGUCCUCUUUUGACUGGGUAUACACAGGCUCUCCUCUCCGCCCAUGCUACAAUGUACAAUAUUACUGAUUCAUUAACAAUGGGGGAGGAAACGGAACAGAAAUAUGUAACAAAUUCUGGGGUGGAUGAAUAGGGAGACAAGGAUGUUUGUUUCUUCUCAAAUACAAAAAUAACACUACAUAUCCAGUACCUAACCGUGGCCUAGUUAUAGUAAUAAUGAUAAUAAUAAAGUACGAGCAAUUAUGAAAAUCAAACAACAGACCACUGAUGAGGAGGACAGUGAUAGGUCCAUAGGGAGAGUGCCGCUGAUACCAGGAAGUAGACUAACUAUACACAACUUGUUUUAGUGGUUUAACAAAAGACUGUUCUCCUCUUUAUUGAGAUAUGAGGUACUGGCAACAUCUGGCUCCUGAUAUGCACUCUUUGACCUUUAUCUUGAAUAGGAUUAGGAAAACACAUUUUCUCUGGAAAUAAGCGAUAAAGAUACGAUCUGUUGGUAAAAAAUAUCCGACAAUGUUUUAUAGCAGAUUCGCAAACAAUGUCAACAGAGAGAGCAAAUACAAAUAAAGCUGGACACGAUGCGCAAAAUAAAAUAAAAACUAAUAAAUAGGAAAAUAAGCGCUGAUAAAAAAACGAAUAAAUAUACUGAACAUCAUUAAAAAAAAAUCACUGGAUGGUCAUUUAGGAUUCAGGAGCCCGUACAUGUUGCUUAUUCAUAUUAAUCAUAUAUUCAUAUUUGUUUCUAAAUAUGUUCAAAAGAAGACGGGAAAUAAGAUAAUGGUCACAUGACUUCUUUACAAUUUGAUAUCAGAUUCACAUCAAUAUGCUCUUCCACAGACAUACAGAGUAGAGACAGAAUCGUUAAAGAUUUGCCAGUGUAAUGUAUAUACAACAACGAAGAAGAACUUCUGCAAACGACACAUUGCACAUUUCAUCCAAAAAUGACAGGGCUGCUUUGCUUACCCCUCUUAUCCAAUCAGGGUGAGGCAGGGUGGAACUCCCUCCCCUCUUGAGUGAUCAGAAGGCCAGUGCAGGGCCGAAGGUGGAGUUGAGGGCAUCAAACAAACACGCAUCCAUCAUUCAACUCAACACGCCAACACUACUGGAAAAAAGGAUCUAAAUACAAACAGCACAUACGCCUU